GUCUCGCGGCUUUUUUUUUUCGUGGACAGUCAAUUACUCCUAAUUGUACGAAUUCACGAGAAGAUGGCCGACGAUACUCGAGAAAAUGACACAAACAGCACUGCUGGUCCCAGCCCAGAGACUACCGCGGCGCCCCCCAAAAAGUUCCCAAAAGGCGUCGUCCUAGGCAAAGAUGGGAAACCCUGCCGAUCCUGUACCUCCUUCGCUGACUGGGCGUCCCAGACCAAGAAGACCGUAAAAGGCGGCACUGCCAACCCGACCGCCACCGCAGGGCCGCCAUCCGACUGCCCUCCGGAUGUCGAGCAGCUGGGACGGUCCUCCUGGACCCUUCUCCACUCUAUAGCCGCGACAUAUCCCGUCUCCCCGACGCCCACGGAACAAAACCAAGCGAGGCAAUUCAUGGGAUUGUUUUCGAAACUAUACCCGUGUUGGGUCUGUGCGGAAGACUUCCAGGAGUUCAUGACGAGGAGUCAGGUUAGGGUAGAGAGUAGAGAGGAAUUUGGACAGUGGAUGUGUGAGGCACAUAAUGAGGUGAACAAGAAGCUUGGAAAGAAGGAGUUCGACUGUUCGAAGUGGGAGGAGAGAUGGAGGACCGGCUGGAAGGACGGUAGGUGUGGAUAGGAUCGGGUUAAGAUGGGUAUGAUCUGUAUGAAUACUGUACGAGUGUAUGCCGGAUAUGUGUUGCAUAGCCUUGCGAACAUCUAGGGCCGGCGUUAGAGAGGUUGGGCCGGUUGAUUCAACUCACAAGAAUCUUAUUCCACUCAAUUUUUUUGUUCAUUGAAGCUGAAGUCAGCACAUCUGCUUGCAAGAAUGUUUCUUUGAGUAUUUCUCCUACAUCUUUCAGCGACAAAGAGUCCUUCCAUACUUCCAUCCUAGAAGCCCAACUAGGUCAAGUUCCAACGAUCAGGGAAUCCACAAUACAUAUAGACGCAG